AUGAAGCCGGCCGCCCUCGCCUUCCUCCUCCCGCUGGCGCUGGCGCUGGCGCCGACGGCGGGCGGGCAGCGCCGCAAACCCCCGCGCAAACCCACCCGGCCUCCCCCGCCCUUCGAGGAGCCCGCCGAGCCCACGGAGCUGCCCCCACCCCUCCCUCCGGGCCCCCCGUCCGUCUUCCCCGACUGCCCUCGGGAAUGCUACUGCCCGCCCGACUUCCCGUCGGCGCUGUACUGCGACAGCCGCAACCUGCGCACGGUGCCGGUGAUCCCGCCGCGCAUCCACUACCUGUACCUGCAGAACAACUUCAUCGCCGACCUGCCCGAGGAGUCCUUCCGCAACGCCACCGGCCUCAAGUGGGUCAACCUGGACAACAACCGCAUCCGCAAGGUGGACAGGAAGGUGCUGGAGAAGCUGGAGAACCUCAUCUUCCUCUACAUGGAGAGGAACCAGCUGAAGGAGGUGCCCGCCUUCCUGCCGCCCAACCUGGAGCAGCUGAGGCUCAGCAGGAAUCAGAUCUCCAAAAUCCCCGCCGGGGUCUUCAACAAGCUGGAGAACCUGGUGCUGCUGGACCUGCACCACAACAAGCUGAGCGACGGCGUCUUCAACAAGAACACCUUCAAGGGGCUCAAGAACCUCAUGCAGCUCAACCUGGCCCACAACAUCCUGAGGAAGAUGCCCCCCGGCGUGCCCAGCGCCAUCCACCAGCUCUUCCUGGACAGGAACAACAUCGAGGACAUCCCCAGCGAUUAUUUCAAGGAGUUUCCCAACCUGGCUUUCAUCCGGCUCAACUACAACCAGAUCUCGGACAAGGGGCUGCCCAAAAACUCCUUCAACCUCACCAACCUGCUGGUGCUGCACCUGGCCCACAACAAGCUGACCAACGUGCCCUUCAUCAGCCCCAAGCUGGAGCACCUCUACCUGAACAACAACUCCAUCGAGAAAAUCAACGGCACGCAGAUCUGCCCCACCUCGCUGGUGUCCAUCCAGGAUUUCUCUCCCUCCGACCUGGACAGCGUCCCCCGGCUCCGCUACCUGCGGCUGGACGGGAACCUCCUGAAGCCGCCCAUCCCCCUGGACCUGAUGCUGUGUUUCCGCCUGCUGCAGUCCGUGGUGUUUUAGCCCUGCCCCGCCUCUCCCGGGCCCGGCUUUGCUCGGACCUUUGACACCUGGGACCCUCUCUCCUCCCUCUCCCCCCCCCGCUCACUCCCCGCUCCAUCCCUCUCCCCGUUCCCUCCUUCUCCUGCCCUGCGGGGACACCGGUGGCUCCUUGGGGACCGCUCUCUGCAGGACAGCGCCGUGUCCCAGCUGCCAGCCCCGGUCACAGCUCGCUGUCCCUGUCCCCCAGCCGGUUCCGUCUCUCCCUUGGUGCCCCGCAGGGUUUGGGAGGAGGAGGGUUUGGGGUCGGUCCGGACGGAGCCGCCGGGCUCGGGGCGUGUCCCUGCUCCAGAGGAACCAUUCCCGGUGGGUUUGGGGGCUGGGCUGGAGCUGAGCGUGGUGGGAUGCGUGGAAGUGGAGGGAGGAUGGACAAUGAGGCCAUCCCAGGGGAUGGGGACACUCCUGUCACCCUUCUGGGGAGCUUUGGCUCCUCCUUUCUCCGGAGGAGGAGGAUCUGAAUCCCUCCUGGAGCUGUGGAUCUGCCGGGGUGGAGCAGGGAGGGGGUCCUGCCCCUGCCUGGGGCACACCUUCCCUCACCCCUGGGCAAGAGCAGACCCUGCCCAGCUCCAAAUCCCCCAUGCCAGCACUGAUCCAUGGGACCACAGCCCAAAAUCCUGAGUCCACAUCCAUGGGACCACAGCCCCAUCCCAGAAUCCUGAAUCCACAUCCAUGGGACCACAGCCCCAUCCCAAAAUCCUGCAUCAUUCCCUGUAAAAUCUGAGGAUGUAGGGCCACAUCCAUGGGACCACAGCCUCAUCCCAAAAUCCUGAAUCCACAUCCGUGGGGCCACAGCUCCAUCCCAAAAUCCUGCACCCUUCCCUCUGAGAUCUGAGGAUUCAGGGCCACAUCCACGGCUCAGCUUCUCUCUGGAGCCAAUCACACGUGGCUGGGUUUUGCCUUUUAUUUGUUAGAAAUAAAAGGAAGGGAGAAGAAAAGGGAAGAACCAUCCUUUGGAAGGGCUAUUUUUAUCCCUGCUCUUCCCCAUCCCCACAUGUAUCGCUUCCCCCUCCCAUAGCUGUACCUGCAUUUAUAGGGGGUCCGGGUUUAGGGGGGAUUAUUCUCUUCUUUUCUUCCUGACUCUCAGGAUUUGGAUUUAAAGGCCGAGCAUUAGAGAGAAGGAAAAAAAAAGAAUAAUCCAAAUCCAACUGCAAUGAGCAUUAAAUAAACCAAAGCAAGCUCCUUUGUGUGCAGCCAGCAGAACUGACCCUUCCCAGCACGGCCACGGACGGGCACCGUGUCCUCCCCCCUGCAGCUGGCACAGGGAUGCUCCCCUUUUCCCCUUAAUUAAAACCUCCUGCUAAUUAAGGAGGCUUUCCCCUGAUGAUAAAAUCUCCUUUGCAGCUCUCUCUGCAGCGGGGGGGAGAGGUUUCACCCCAAACCCGGACGGGGCCCCCCUGGAUUUAUGUAUAUUUAUAUCUGAUGUGUAUAUAGACUGGUAGAAUGUACAGAUAUUCCCAAAGCCACCUGCACCUCCCAGCCCAGCCACUUCCUGGGAUUUUCACUCCCACUCCCUGCAGCAGUGGAAAUAAAAUCGUUCACAAGGGA